AUGGCCCCCGACACACCGACGCCUGCGCCAACGCGUGUAUUCAUCGCUGGCGGCAGCUAUGCCGGACUCUCUGCUGCCCUGAACCUGCUCGAUCUAGCCUCGGGUGUCAACCCUCGCAUGUCUGGCGAAGCCUACCCCCAUGUGCCCAACUUUGAGAAAAUGGAUGUUGAAAUCACCAUUGCCGAUGAGCGAGACGGGUUCUAUCAUCUUAUUGGCUCCCCGCUUGCUCUCGCCGAUUCCAACUACACCAAAAAAGCUUGGGUCAAGUUCCGAGAUAUUCCCAGUCUGCAGCAGCCCAAUAUCAAAGUCGUCAUUGGCUCUGUCACUACUGUCGACUGCGCUGCCAAGACUGUCACGACUCUCGAGGCCGUCACAAAGGUUCCAACUGAGCACGCAUACGAUUUCUUUGUCGCUGCGUCCGGCCUCCGACGUGUGUGGCCCGUAGUCCCGCAGUCGCUCUCUCGCAAGCAGUACCUGGUUGAGGCUGCUGAGCACAUUCACGCUGUGAGUAAUGCCCAGCACGGUGUCGUUGUCGUUGGCGGCGGUGCUGUUGGCAUUGAGAUGGCUGCCGAGCUCAAGCUUGUCCAUCCCUGCGUUGAUGUCACACUAGUUCACUCGAGGGAUAAGCUGCUCUCGUCCGAGGCGCUCUCUGACGAGUGCAAGGAUACUGCGCUUGAUCUCCUACGCGAGAGCGGCGUGAAUGUGCUGAUGAGCCACCGGCUCAGUAAGUCCGACCGAGUGGAAACAAUGGACGGUAGCACAAAAUAUGAGAUAGAGUUUUCGAAUGGUCACAAGAUGGCGGCUAGCGAGGUUAUCAUGGCUGUUUCGCAGCCUGCCUCAACCGCUACGUAUAUGCCCGCCACGGCCCUGGAUGAAAAUAACCUGGUUAAAAUCAACCCAAACCUCACACUUGUCGCCGGAACGCCGAAUGCUGAGUAUCAUUUCUGCGCCGGUGAUGCCGCCAGAUGGAGCGGCAUCAAGCGAUGUGGUGGCGCUAUGCAUGGUGGUCACUACGUUGCCCACAACAUUCACCAAACCAUUCUACGUGACCGGGCCCCGGGCGGUCAUGAGGCCAAGUAUAGUGAGCUCACAGAGUUUCCAGCCGUUAUUGGUCUUGCUGUAGGCAAGAAGGCUGUCGCUUCUAGCCCUGACAGUGGCACUGUCUCGGGUGAAGAUGUCAUGCAAGCCUACUUCCGCAACGACUUGGGAUUCGACAUUUGCUGGGAGUACAUGCAGCUGGGUGGGCAAAAAUAUACUGUUAUCGACGCAUAA